AUGGGCGUUGGUUUGACUGCCAUUAUAUUGAUAUCCAUCGUGUUCAUCCUCGGCUUCGUUGCAGAUCCUAUCAUCAACCUGUAUCUGGACCCAUGGAGCCUUUUCUCCCCCUUUUCCUCGUCGGAAUCUGACUACGCUUAUUACUACGAGGAUGAGUCGGCCACUUGGUACGAGCACUUUGCGAAAGGCUUCGCUAGCAUGGGUGUGCUUGGUUUCUUGAAAGUCCUCAUCGCCAGCCCACUAUCUUACUUCAGGAUUGGAGGCGGUCGAGGUCGAACGACCGGUCGAGACAGAUAUGAGCAGGUCAGCUGGAUCAUCAUCCUCAUCGGUGUUGGCACAUUUCUAGCGGCAGUAUACAAAGGAGUCCGUGUAUGGAGUCGCCGAACGCUUGAGAAAGCUGGCGAGCGUGUCAUGGAUGUCCAAGGUGACAAUGAUGACGAUGACGAAUAG